AUGCAACCGAGCUACCCACUUCUCCAAGCCGUGCGACACUCCGGGCGCAUCUCAGCGGCUCUCCUUCCUGCUCCCGCCGGGGGCCCCAGAAGAGGGGUUUGCGAGGCCUGGCCGCAGCGCCCUGCUCCACUGGAAGCGGGAGGAAGCGCGCGCCUUGAGGCACAGGCUGCUGUUCCCAGGACCCAGGCUGACGCCGAAGUGGGAAAAGAGCGGGGAAGCCGGCUUGGCGCAGCUGGACGUGCAUCCUUCCGAGUUGACACUCUGGGGAAGCCUUUCGCGCACCUCACCUGGAAGGCAGCCCACUCGAGGUGGGGUAGGGGUUUGAGGGGGAGACUUCCCGCGCAGAGGUGCCUUUCGGGUGCUGUGGGGCAGGUAGGAGCUGUCCUUUCAGCACCCGUGGCGCAGCCGCCACCCCAAAUGCUAUGGAAGCCCCUCUGCCCAACGCCUGUGGGGUGGCCCUUAAGUCCCUGUACCUCUAGCCCUCAGGACUCCCUACAUAAUGACGUAGAGCGGCCGCCAGGAGAGCAUACCGGCGCUUAUUGCCCCUACGCUCUAGCCAUCUCACAGACAUCUAGCCCAGCUGCCCCCCACCCGACGUGGCCACCUAGCCUGGCGCUACGGACACGCAGCUGGCGAAAUCCCUCCUUCCGCACCGUCAAGCUGGCUGCCUUUCACUUGCGCGAGGAAAAGGAGGGUGGAGGAAAGCGCCCGGGGAUUAGGAAGCAGGCAUCAGCUCUAGACUUGUGUCCUGUAUGGAGACCAGCCUGAUUCUUCCAGCAAAUGACCCUCCUAUGAACAUUCUGAGAAGCAGGUUCAACUCUCUUAAGCCACUUAUUGUAUUCUGCCUAGUAGAACAGGUGUCAGUGUCCACAGUCCACUUUUUCUGUUAGAAAAUAAGCCCUUGAAGGCUUGAUAGAGCCUCCAGGGUUCCUGGAACCAGCCCUGACACCAGGUGGUGAUCAUACUCCCUGGCAGCACUUCUCAUACCUGUGUGUGUCUCCAGACAAACUAUAAACUCCUAGAGGCCAGGGACUAUGUUUUUUCCUCUCUGGCACUUGGGGUGCCCUGUACAUGUGAAAUACUCAGUUGACUGACCACAUAAUCCCAGGAGGGGAGGGAGGAUGCUCCUGACAUAGGAGAGGGGAAAAUCCCUUCGGAGCAGAACCAGGGCCUGCUGUGCCUUGCUGAUGCUCUCUGUUCCUGCCAGGCCUUUGUGCCAGAGCUGCUCCUGCCAAACCUAUUCCACGUGUGAGAAACUGUUUCCAUGAUCCUUACCCACAUUCUAUCUUAUAUUAUGGUAACUUGUGUACAUGUCUUUGUACUGUCUUCAUCGUGUAAAGAAUAUCUUGCAUGUACACAAGCACUUCAUCUGUUGUUUCAUUUGACCCUCACAGUGGAGCUGUGAGGGAGGUCCUUGCUGUGGGACACAGACAUGGAGGUUCACAGCAGGGAAGUGAUUUGCUAAGCUCUCAGCAAUAAAGGUUUAUUGCAUGAAUAAAGAUGACAAAUGAGAAUUCUGGA